UUAUGUAUAACCCCUUUGCUGCGAAGCUUCAAUAUGUCUGCGCCCAUAUGGUGCAUUAUUGACAUCAGUUUAGCAAGAAUCCUAACCUGAAUCAAGUUGAUUUGUUGGCUGUCAUACAUGUAUGUCGGGCUGCUUUUAUCUGAUCUGAGGAAACAUAACCGGCGGGUUAGAUAUUGUUGAGGAAAGAGGAGUAAAGUCGAGCGAGGGGCAAUGUCCGGUAUGAGCGCAAGCGGCCGGCGUGUUGUUGUGACAGGAGUGGGGUUGGUGACAUCGUUAGGUGUUGGGGCGAAGCACGUCUGGCGGAGACUAACAAAUGGAGAAUGUGGGAUCAGUAAACUGACAGGCUCAGAGUAUGACAAGAUCCCAUGUAAGGUUGCAGGCCAAAUUCCACGAGGCCAUGGCGAGGGAGAGCUUGACCUUGCCCGUCACUUCUCUGCCUCAACUUUGGAGGAAAUCCCACUGUCGGCUGCAUAUGUUGAAGCAAUGGCAUCUUGCAGGAUGGUCUCCUCUGUAACAAACAGAGGAAGAGGAAUCUGCAGAUCUGGCGUUGCCAUAGGAACUGGUAUGGUUGACCUUGAGGAAGUCACAAUGACGGGGAUGGUUCUCCGUGAUCGGGGAUACAAGCGUGUCAGCCCGCACUUUGUGCCCAAGAUUCUUGUAAACAUGCCAGCUGGUCAUGUCAGUAUCAGGUGUAAGCUGAAGGGCCCAAACCAUGCAGUAUCCACGGCUUGCACAACAGGCCUGCAUGCUAUCGGAGACGCCUCUCGCUUCAUCCUUCAUGGAGAUGCUGAUGUCAUGGUAGCGGGUAGCACUGAGGCCUGUGUAGGACCAGUUGCCAUCGCAGGCUUUGCAAGGAUGAGAGCUCUGAGUACAAAAUUUAACGAUAACCCAAACAAGGCCUCUCGACCUUUUGACAAGGACCGUGAUGGGUUUGUGAUGUCGGAAGGAUCAGGGAUUGUUGUGUUGGAGGAACUUGAACAUGCAAAGUCUCGGGGUGCCCCGAUACUGGCUGAGGUCCUAGGGUAUGGGCUCUCGGGGGACGGGUACCACAUCACCACCCCCAGUGAGGAUGGGUCCGGAGCUGAGAGGUGCAUGAAAGCAGCCAUUAAAGAUGCUGGUCUGAUUCCCAAGGAUGUAGGCUACAUCAAUGCCCAUGCCACAUCAACCCCUAUUGGUGAUGCUGUGGAGAGGAAAGCAAUUGAAACAACAUUCAAGAGAGAUAACUCUACCGUGCUUGUGUCUUCAACAAAGGGUGCUGUGGGACAUCUGUUAGGUGCAGCUGGGAGCGUGGAGGCAGUGUUUACUGUGCUAGCUUGUCAGACUGGGUGUAUACCCCCAACCAUUAACCUUGACACACCUGAUGAAGGAUGUGACCUUGACCUUGUGGCUAACAGAAGUGUCACCUGGACAGGAUAUGGAGGCAGGAGAGUAGCUCUCACAAACUCAUUCGGGUUUGGUGGAACAAAUGGGAGUCUUUGUAUUGCAGAGUUUGUGAAAUGAUUGAUUAAAAAAAGAAACAAACAUA